UAAAACGAUUUAAGGAACCAAAGGAAGAGAGGCGGCCCUGGAGGAUAUGGUGUUAUGACACCUCCAAGCAAGCAAUAGGUGCCCUCUCCAUCCACUUUGCCAAUGUUGUUCUGUCUGAUCUCACUGAAGAGGACCCUUGCUCUCUCUAUCUCAUUAACUUCAUCCUUGAUGCCACACUGGGGAUGUUGCUGAUCUGGCUUGGUGUGAACAUUGUCUCCUGGAUUGUGCAGCGUCAGAAGUACACGUACUUGGUCUUUGGAGAAUAUGGUGACCCUCCACGAGCUGCUGCUUGGAUUGGUCAGUGUGUUCUGUAUUUGCUGAUAAUGGUUUUUGAGAAGACGGUGAUAAGCCUGGUCCUGCUUAUCCCGGGCUGGACCAAGCUUCAGGAGAUCCUCCUGGAUUACAUCCCAAACCCCCAGUUGGAGCUCGUGCUGGUGAUACUUGUUGUGCCUUUUGUAGUCAAUGUCAUAACGUUCUGGGUUGUGGACAGCUUGAUCAUGAGGAAAUACAAGCAGAAGGAUACCCUGAGCAUCAACGGAUCCAUAGAAACCUCUCGGGCUAGGAGAACUGAGGAAUCUCAGGUGUUGCUCUCACCAGAUGUGGAUUUCGAUCACUCUGAAAGCGACCAGGAUAUUUCAGGACUCCAGGGAACAAGCCCGAAGAUGAAGCAGCCCAGCUAUCAGGUGGUCAUCUGACAACACCAAAACAUGGGUGGAAGGAAGGGAAGCAGUGCUGUGAUCCUUGAGCUGGCCUCAGAGGGCAAGGUGGGGAAUGCUAGUUGAUCCCCAUGGAUCAGUAGAGAUCUUUUUUAGCCUCAUCUAGACCUAUCCUUCUGUAGUUGUCUCUUGGUGUCUGUUCAUCCUGUACAGGCUUGGCAGCUGGCAGUAUCUGCUCUAGCAGUCUGUCCCUAACCUAGACACAUGCAGGUACAACUUGGUUAGGGUUAUGGAAAUGUACUUCCUCUGGCUGGCCAGCUGGGUGUAACUUUUUAUUAAAAAUCUAUCCUGUACUAAUUUCAACUGUGGCACUCUUAUAUGCACAGAUGGUCAAAAUCACUGGUUUGCAAAUAUAUAUUUAAAUAAUCUUGAAUUGGGAAGACUGAUUUAAUGGAUCUGAUACUUUUACUGUUUUAUAAGGAAUGUAAUAAAUGUUGGACCUAACUGCUUCAUAUUUGAAAUGCCUUCAAUAUGCUUAAUGUUUUGCAAGACUCGAGCUCUGUAAAGGAGAAGAAAGGAAUUUGUUUAACUCUCUCCUGGACAAUGCUUUGCAAGGCAAGCCCUCUUUCAGCAGAGGGGCUAUCCUAGAAAUCCUAUGGAAGAAUAGCUGAGCCAGUGCUCACUUUUCGUUUUCUAUAAACUGGUUAUAUCAGUCAGGGUGGGUAGUGAAGGAGGAACUUCUGCUGAUGCUUCUGGGACAAAAGCUGAUGCUGCAGCAUCAGCCCAUGCCAGACUCCAGACUGGAACUGUCAUCUGAGAUCUUGAUCCCCAAUGACCAGCUUACAUGUGUGUGUUGCUGGGAAGUUGACUCCUUCCCUCUUACCUAAUUUAAGACAAAUGUGGAUAACCUAAUCCAAAAUCUACAUCUGAAGAGUCAUCUAAAACCCAUUAACCAGCCCUGACCCUCUGGGUCAGGUCUCAGGUGGGGCUGCCACAGGGGAAGACCCCUGGGUCAUCCCAGAUCCUGGCACCCUCUGCUCUAAGAGUGAGGUUCGGGGCUUUGGACUUACUAUCUUGUUAACAUACAGUGUUCAUCUAUAACCAGAGCAAGAAUGCGAAAUGCUUUGCAACUCUCUGGGGAGAGACCACAGAGCAGCUGCUUAAUGCACUGCUGGGCUGUGUGCAGAUCCAGUGGUAUGAGACAGUCCAAGUGACUGUAAUUAGAGCAGGGCCCAAGCCAGAAUCCACUGAACUGAAGGGGAAAGACCUAGGUGAGCUGUAGAUACCUCCUGCCCAGCACUUCUGGAGA